CGACCACCUCUUUUUGAUGGAACCAAUUAUACAUAUUGGAAAGAACGAAUGAGAAUCUAUAUUCGUUCCACGAACUUCCAAUUAUGGUUGGUUAUCAAAAACGGGGAAGAGGUGCCGAUGAAGAAAGUCGGAGACAAGUUGAUCCCCAAGACCGAAGAUGAGUUUGAUGCCGAGGACAUCAAAAAGGUCGAGAAUUACGCAAAGGCAAUAAAUAUGCUUUAUUGUGCCGUAAAUCCUGAUGACUACCGCAAGAUCUCCUGCUGCUCAACCGCCAAGGAGAUGUGGGAUAAACUUGAGGUGACGUACGAAGGAACGGACCAAGUACGUGAAGCCAAGAUUGACUUCCUCACCCAAGAAUAUGAGAUGUUCAGGAUGAAGGAGCAUGAGAAGAUUGACGACAUGUUCGACCGAUUUUCCAAGAUAGUCAACGAUCUUCAUGCAUUAAAGAAGACGUACACCGAUAGGGAUCUUGUGCGAAAGAUCCUACGAAGCUUGACAUCCGAAUGGCGAUCCAAGGCCGAUGCCAUCUAUGAAUCAAUCGGCACAUCAAAUGUCACCAUCGAUGGCCUAAGAGGUAAUCUAAAAUUCUAUGAAUCGACUAUUCUUAAUCCGUCUUUGAAUGACCAAAGGAAAGGGAUAGCACUAAAAGCCGUCAAAGAAUCGACGAUGGAUGAUUCAAGUGACGAUGAUGAAGUCAAACUUGUCAUGAAGAAGUUCUGCAAACUUCUAAGAAAGAAAGAAAAGGUUGAGGAUGGCCCUGUGUGCUAUGGAUGUGGAGAAGCCGGGCACAUCAAGAACAAAUGCCCAAGGAAUGAUCGACACUUCAAAAGGCAAAGGGCAUAUAUCUCUUGGGGUGGAGACUCCGGCGACGAGUCAACCGACCAAGAUGAGGAUGAAGUUGCCAACCUCUGUCUCAUGGCACACGAAGACCAAACCGACGAUGUACAAGAGAAUCAUGCCACCCAGCGAUGGGAAGAUCUUCCCAUCGAUGGAAUGCCCUUACCCAGCGAUGGGAAGCUUUACCCAUCGAUGGGAACCCAGCAAUGGGAAGGCUUAACCAUCGAUGGGAAGGCAUGACCGUUGCGAGUUAUUUAAGGAUGAUUCUUUCCUUAUUUGAAAGUCAACCUCCCACCCAGCGAUGGGAAGCAUCUACCCAUCGAUGGGUAGGUGACCGUUGACUUUAAAACUGAAGGAAAAUUGGCUUACCAGCGAUGGUUGAGUCUAAACAUCGAUGGGAAGCCAAUAUUCUGCAGAUCCCAAAUCUUUUCAAUCCCUUAAAUCAAGCUAAUCACUCCUU